AUGCCUGCCAGCAAUGUCGCCAACCUGGCCGCAACCCCGCUAUCCAGUGUCAAAGUAGUGGCCAAGAUACGAGAGUUACUCUCCUUCUCUGCUUCAAAGGACGCUCCGCUUACAUCCUGCGAGGAGAGUAUACGUGAUGUCCAGUGCUCAAUCACUCAAGCCGAGCUUGAAGUCCCGCCUUCAAGCAGGAAGCGGCCUACAAAGAGGCCACGAGAAGAAGAUACCACACUCACUCUGGAUGGUAUUACCGCAACUCAUAGACAGAAGGGCAAUGUUCAGCAAGGCGGUAUCAUUGAUACGGGUAACAAGCUGCAGGAUGAAACGACUGCGGCGGGUAUUGUAAAAAGGCUCAUCGAUGGAAUUAAGGCAGUCCAAAAGGAAGUUAAUGUUCAUGGCUACAAGAAGUCGUACGAUACACCUCAGACUGUAUCCGAUGAACUUUUGACAGGGACCGAAAGUAUUAACCAACUUCGAAUGAAUCUGUGGAAUCAUUCAGACAAGGUGGAACAAAUGGCGGUGGAUGUUGUCUAUCUGGACCGCCUGUUAUCCUCGUACUGCCGUCUAUUUUUGAUAACAAGGCAGGAGCCAGUUGACUACGACCCAGAUCCAAGUAAGGAAGAAACACAAAAGAGGCAUGCCGAUGCAGUCAGCUUUCUCUCUUUGGUGGUCAAUGGCUUGUACGAAUUUCGUCAUUCGCUGGCUCUAGUGCUCUAUAGUGCAGUCUGCAAAAAACGGUUUCUUUUCUCAGGAAUUACCAAGGUCGGCAAGGUUCGGAGACAGCACAUAGCUCAGCUAGUUGUCGACAAACUUCGUUGCGAGCCGAUUACAAUCGCCGAAGAUUUUACAGUCGUUCACCCAGGCGUCUUUCUCAAACACCACAAGCAAAGCCUUCAACUUCCAGAUAUUUGUACGGCACUUGGACUUCCCAAUCUGAAAGGGCUGUCUCUGUCUGGUGAGGAGAUAGGAAAGUACUGGAGGGGAGUGCCAAUCAAAUUGUUGGUGCGCCAGAAUGCCAACAAAUUUAUAACUCGCUAUGAUGAGGGACACGGUUUGAAUCUAAUCACCGAUUGCACCAUCAAUAAUACAAGAACAGCUCAACCAGUUAUGACACAACCAUCAGGAGAAGAGAUUCAAGAUCACAAUACGCAACAAGUUGAAAGCCGGCAGGGAGACUUUGGAACGAACUCAGCAGCAGAGGGGCCGAGCACUAGCCACGCGCGAUCCGAUGGUGCUACGGGAUAUGGCUUACCACAGGAUUUCAGACAGUGUGAAACAACCACCCUCUUCCAACCAAGAGACAAUCUGGCAUGCAACGGGAUUUUGCUGCAAGAGUUCACCCCUCCGAGUUCUCGCGAAGACACUGAUCAGAGCAACGCCAUGGCGGAUGCCAUGGCUGUGGGCACCAGCAUAGACUCUAACCCCUAUUACCCUACCGACCUUGACGAAGUGUUAUGCAAUUCCAACAUGAUAGAUUAUGACACCGAUUUUCUUGGAUUUCAGUAA